AUGAACAGAGAAUUAAUUACUAAACAAGACUAUCAAAUAUUAGGAAUAAAAGAAAAUAGCACACCAAAUGAAAUUAGUUUGGCUUACGAAAAAUUAUGCUCGGAUUAUCAUCCAAAAAAGAUUAAGUUAAAAAAACUAAGAGAGCCGAACGAUUUGGAAAUAAAAAAGUAUAAAGAAAUUGAGAAA